GAUGCUAAAUUCUCACACGGUCUCUCCAAAUUCACCAACCCAGUAGAGGAAUUUGGGCUUUUUCUUCAGCCAUCCACAGCCAACUUCUUCUUAUUCUCUUCAGUUACAUAUAAAAAAAAUUUCUUAAGCUUUCUUUUCUGUGCUUCAAUGGCUCAACUAACAUUAUUGAUUCCUCUAUGCUCUCUCUUUAUCGCGCAUUCUUUCAUAUCGGGCGUUGUUUCAACCACCUUCACAAUUACAAAUAAAUGUGAUUAUUCCGUCUGGCCGGGCAUUCUCUCAAACGCUGAUGCGCCGCCGCUUUCCACCACCGGUUUUGUUCUCCAAAAGGGUGAGACCAUGACUAUCACGGCACCAACUUCAUGGGGUGGCCGCAUGUGGGGUCGCACCUUCUGUUCUGAAGACUCCACUGGAAAAUUUUCUUGCCUAACAGGAGAUUGCGGCUCUAAUAAGUUAGAAUGUUCCGGCAGCGGCGCUGUUCCUCCGGCUACACUGGCGGAGUUCAAGCUCGACGGCUAUGGUGGGAUGGAUUACUUCGAUGUCAGUCUUGUGGACGGAUAUAAUCUACCCAUGCUGGUGGUGCCUCAGGGUGGCUCCGGCCAGAAUUGUUCAAGCACAGGCUGCGUGGUGGAUUUAAACGGCUCGUGUCCUUCGGAGCUCAAGGUUACUAGCUCAGCCGGCGACAAUUUGGCUUGUAAGAGCGCGUGUGAAGCUUUCAGACAACCACAAUACUGUUGUAAUGGCGCGUAUUCUACACCCGACACUUGCAAGCCGUCGUCAUACUCUGAGAUAUUCAAGAACGCGUGUCCACAUGCGUACAGCUACGCCUACGAUGACAAGACAAGUACCUUCACAUGUACAGCCGCGAACUACCUGAUCACCUUCUGCCCAACCCCAAACACCAGCCAGAAGGCGUCGCAAGGUCAGAACACCGACGGUGGCAAUGUUAACGCAUUUGCAAACAAUCCUUCAAUCAACGGCACAAUGGUUUACGAAGGUGCAUUGGACCAAAGUGGAGCAUCGCUGUCCACGUGUACUGACGUGUUAGGAUCACAUGGCAUUGCGGGUAUAGUCAGCGUCACAGUAGCAAUUUGGCAGUUGAGGCAUCUCUUCUGAGUUCUAACUCGCCAAUUAUGCUUUUCUCUCUUUGUUUUUUAUAUAAAAAAUAUAUACAAUGUGGGGUUGAGUAGGAAAGAAAAGGUUAGGCCCAGCGGGGAUGGUACAAAAAACGCCUAUCUAAUUUUUCUGGUGGUAUGCACUUUUCGAUGCCUGGGCCAUAUGACCCGGUGGUGACGCGGUACUGAGUCAGGAUUGAAAAGCUCACCUGUCAACCUCAUAUCCAUUUGCCCAUCUCCAUUAAAUCCAUUACAACAAAUUGUACGGACACAUAGAUGGUGUAAAAGAGAGGUGUGAAGCUGAGAUGGAGGUUUUCUUUUUUUUUUUUUCUUUUUCCUGUUUUUUUUAUAAUUUUAGUUUUUUAGAUCAGAUAAUUAGAUAGUAAUUUUUU